CCCCACUCUCUUCGCAAUCCUUCUACAACACACUCCCAGCCCCCCUCUGACUCUUGCUUUUCAGCAUCUCAGCACACAAACUUUUGCUUUUCUCCAAUCCAGCAAGGAGAAACAACGACUCAACUGAUGGCCAGCUACAACGACCCCUACGACAUCCCCACGAGGGAGCGCACAACCCGGCGCUACUACCGGGAAGAGCGCCGUGAGGACCCUCGGGCUUAUGACACCCGCGACAGCUAUCUCAAUGUCCAGUCUUCGCGCGACCUGGUACCGCGGGCCCGCGAGGACAGCGAUCUCUCGGUAGAAGAGAUCCGUCGUGACUUCCCUCCUCCCGGCUACUCAACCCGUGAUUUGCGCCGCGCCCGCUCUGCCGAACCUGGACAGUACGACGACUAUGACGACCGCCGGUCUCACUACAGCCGCUAUGAUGACCGCAGCGCUUACGGUCAUGAGCAUGACCGCCGGUCUCUGAGGAGGACAGACAGCUACUACGAGGAACAGCACAAGAAGAAGGUCCGCAUGCUGUCGAAGCAGGAGCAAAUCAUUGCUGCUAUCAGCGGAGCUGCCAUCGCUAUCGGUGGUAAGGAGCUGUAUGACCGCCGCGAGGCCAACCAGGCCGGCACUCCCGAAGUUCAGCGCAACAUUCUGGCUUCUGUCGCCCUCGGAGCUGCAGGCGCUCUUGCGGGAUACCAGGGGACUGAGUUCUACAACAAGAAGAAGGAGAAGGAAGAGAAAAAGAUCUUGGCUCACCGAGGUUAUUAUUCGGACGAUGACGGAGAAAGCGCAAAAGAGAAGAAGGGCCACAAGAACUUCCUCGAGAGCGCUCUCGCUGCUGCGGGCUUGGGUGGUGCCGUCAAGGCUCUGACCGGCAAGGACAAGGACAAGGACGACAAGUCUGACACCAGGAGCCGUCGUGAUACCAGCCGUUCAAGAUCGAGAUCGAGGUCUAGGUCCCGGUCUACCUCUCGCUCUCGGGGUGAGAAGGGCAAGGGUGAAGGCGCCAACAAGAUCCAAAAGGCAGCUAUGGCCUCGCUCAUUGCCGGUGCCACCGAAGCUUUCCGCAUUUCCAAGCAGCCCGGUUCAUGGAAGGGCGAGAAGGCUAAGCGCGUCUUUACUGCUGCCGCCGGUGCUGCCACACUCGACGCUGCUCAGGACACUGAGAAGGCCGGCAGCAAGCUCGGCUUGGCUGAGGCCGUCAUGGGUGGUCUGCUCGGCAACCGCGUCAUCAACGGUUCCAAGAAGAACAUCGAGAUGGAUGAGAAGACAGGCCGAUUGCGAUCGAGAUCUCGCCGGCGUUCCAAGAGUGGCGACAGCCAGAGUGGAGGUGGUGUGAGCGGUCUGGCCGCUCUUGCCACAGCUGGCUUGGGCGCCUUUGCCGGCAAGAAGAUCAUGGACAGCCAUGAGCGGUCCAAAUCUCGUGGCCGGAGCGCCGAUUCAUACGACAGCCGUGAUGGCGAUCGUCGCCGCAGCAGGAGCCGCAGCGUUGUCGACUCGGCCCGCCGAAAGAUGGCCAAGAUCGGCCUCGGUAAUGGUCCCGAUGACGACGACAGGGAUCGUCGCAGAGACCGUAGCCGCGACCGUGACUACAGCCGCAGCCGGAGCCGUGACCGCGGACACCGGGACGACCAUGACGACCGCUCUUCGCGCCGCCACAGAGAUGACGACAGAGACUACGACAAACGGCGCCGCGAUUCAGAUUAUGACGACGCCCGUUCCCACCGCAGCGGUGGAGGACGUGAUCGUUCACGCCGCCGGGGACACUCGCUAUCAGAUGACGAUUUAGGGGAUUCAGAUGAUGAUAAGAGACGUGGAAGCAAGAUGAGAGAUCACCGCCGUUAA